CCGAUAAAGGUUAAGAUAACAAACGGUAACAAAAGUUACACAGAAGGAGGGGGGAUUUCUUCCAUCCAAGAAAGUUCAUUAUCUAUCCUAAGGGCAUGCUUAGCCAACCUAUGAGCAUCAACAUUAAAGUUGCGGCUAACAUGAGAAAGAGAUCCCCCAGGAAAACUAAACAAUAGGACUUUAAUAUCAGAAAAGAUAACCCCCAGUUCAUUUAAAUACACAUAAAAGAAUAUUAAGCACUAUUAAUAGCUUUUAGCCUUUCUCUAAAAUAAUUGAUGAAGUGAAACCCAAAAUACUACUUUUGGUGUAGCAAAAAUAUUAUUGGAGUGGAAAUGGAGCAAUGAAAUUAGAGGAAUUAAGUAGCACACUAAUUAAUAUUAAUUAAUUAAAUUGAGUUUCAUUAUCAUCACCAGCUCAUAUAUAGCCUGCCUUAUAUAUUUCGCUCUUAUUCUCCAUCAUUACCACGUAUUAUUAUAAAAUCCCUUAUACGACUACUUUAUACAUUUUUAUUAAUUAUUAUUAUUAUAUACCAAAAGUAAAAGCAAAAAUUUGAUACACAACAUGAUGAUCUAGCUAGACCUAUAUAUACAAUACAACAAAGAUCAAAUUUAUUGACAUACCAAUAUUCUUAUAAAUAUAUUAACUUGUUCUUUUAAAAUUUCAUUGUGUGAUUAAUAUUAAUACAAGUCACACACAAUGAUUUCUGAUGAAGCUCUUCGAACUCUAGUUGGUAUCAUAGGAAACAUCAUAUGCCUUUUCUUCUUUUUAUCACCAGUACCAACAUUUGUUCGAAUAUGGAAGAAAGGGGCGGUGGAAGAUUACUCGGCAAUGCCAUACCUUGCAACUUUAUUUAGUUGCAUGAUAUGGACUCUCUACGGGUUGCCUGUUGUGCAUCCCGGGAGCAUUUUGGUACUUACUAUAAGUUUUUUGGGAGUUGUGAUCGAGAUUAUCCUACUUAUCAUCUUCUUGAUCUUUUCUGACAAGAAAAAAAGACUUAAACUUCUUCUAUUGAUAUUUCUCGAGCUUUUCGUUGUAGCUCUUCUCGCUACUUUGUCUCUAACUCUAUUUCACACAUACAAGAAGAGAUCUUUGAUUGUUGGUGUCGUCGGUAUUUUCUCUAGCAUUAUCAUGUACUCUUCGCCUUUGUCUAUCAUGGUACCAAAUGGAUUAGGCAUAGUGUUUGGAGUAGCACAGCUAAUUUUAUAUGGUGUAUACUACAAAUCAACAAAGAAAAUUAUGAAAGAGAAGAAGGGCAAAGAAGUAAUUUUGUCAGAUGUAAUAGUAGUUUCUUCUGUUAAUAAUAAUCAACCCAACAAAACUACUUCAACAACUACAUUAGCUCCUCCUCAUAAUGAUUCUAAUAAGGAUCAAUUUUCCAUCGUCUGAUUCUUAUAUAUUAUCAUCAUAUAAUAUAUAUCAUAUUAUUGUAUACAAUAAUUAAUAAAAAAAAAGUAUCACUAUUCUCUAGUACUAUAGGAAGAAAUUAAAAUAUUGUUUAAUGAACAUCAUCAAUAUGAAUGAUAUAUAUAUUCAUUAUAUA